CGUCGGGUACUCUGGCCGCGGCGGGGCGGCUAGUUCAAGUUGCCAUAGCUGCGGGUCUGGGAGUGCACAGUCAGUUGCGCCGCAGUGCCAGGUCAGUUGCACCUCCUGGGUGUCUAGUAGCAGCGGGAGCCAGGUUGGGGCCUCGGUGAUGAUCCGGCUUUAAGGACCUGGAGUCCCCUUCUGUCUCAGGUGGUUUGGGGAAGGUGUGGAGGAACCAAAAAUCAUCUAUUUGGCUAGACUUUUUGCCCUGAACCUCAUGAAGAGAUGAGAGAAGCCAGGUAUAUGUGCCUAAGAAAAGCACUGAGCUCAGGGGACAGCAACACAGAAUUCUGGGGGUGUGCUUUGAUUUGUAUACAUCAAUGGCAGAAUCAUCGAGUGAUUCAGAGCACUUUCGCUAUCGUGACCAAUUGAGUCGAUGGGCUACCAGGUCAGCUCACAGGGAAACUCGAAGUCACCCUACAGUAGAUGUCGCAGAGAAGGUCAACACUAUAACAAGUACUUUACAGGACACCAGUCGGAACCUGCGACAAGUGGACCAGAUGCUUGGGCAAUAUCGAGAAUAUAGUAGUGGACAAGCGGGUGCUAUAGAACAUUUAAAAGAAAGCUUGGAACAAUCAAUAGGCCAGCUGCGGAAUCAACGUUUAUUGAGAAACUCAGGAGGGAGAAGUAUGUCUGUUACAAGUCUGAGUGCAAGUGACCUUGAUGGUGGCACUAUGGCAGAAGGUCACCGUUUUCCACCUACCUCACCUCUCAAGGACUAUGAUCCACAGGGUAAUAAAAGAAUUAAGUCCAGAACUGGUGUCCGGUUUAGUUGGGAGACCGAAGACAUGGCCCAGCUUCAUGCUUUUCAUCAGUCCCUCCGAGACCUCAGCAGUGAGCAAGUUCGUCUUGGCGAGGAUUUCAACAGAGAGCUUUCCAGAAGGAGCCGGUCAGAUGCUGAAACAAAAAGGGCUUUGGAAGAAUUGACUGAAAAACUUAAUGAAGCCCAGAAACAAGAAGUGGUUUCAGAUCGAGUGGAACGGAGACUUCAGGAAAUAGAGAGAGAGAUGCGUACAGAAAGAGAACUGGUGGAAAGACGCCAGGAUCAAUUGGGACUGAUGUCCUUACAGCUUCAGGAGGUAUUGAGGAAACAUGAAACUAAAGCAGAAGAGAAAGAGGGAGUAAUGAAAAAUAAGCUAAGACAAACUGAAAGUGAAAAGAGUCAACUUGAACAGGAAUUGGAGCUAUCUCGAAGGCUAUUGAAUCAGUCAGAAGACAGCAGAGAAAUACUUUUACAUCAGGUAGAAGAACUGCGUACACAACUUACAAAAGCAGAAGGUGAUCGGAAGGGUUUACAACUUCAAGUACCCCAGAUUUCCAAGCUGCAGUCAAACUGUCAGGAUGAACAAGGAGAUGACUGGAGGUUUAGGAGAGGGGUAGAGCGGGAAAAACAGAAUCUGGAGAAGCAGAUGUCAGAUUUGAGAGUGCAGCUGAAUUUCAGCACAAUGGCAUCUGAGUUAGAGGAAGUGAAGCGGUGCAUGGAGCGAAAAGACAAGGAGAAAGCAAAUUUGUCAGCACAAAUAGAGACUUUAAUGUGUGAACUGGAGAACAGGGAAAAACAACAACUACAGAUGUUGGAUAAACUCAAAGAAAUUCAAAACCACUUUGACGCAUGUGAGUCUGACCGUAAGCACGCUGACCUCCAGAUCUCAGAGCUGACUCACCAUGCAGAGGAUGCUACCAAGCAGGCUGAGCAGUACCUUAGUGAGUUGCAGCAGUCAGAGGUCCUGAGAGAGGAGGCAGAAAAGAGGAGAGAAGACCUGAAAACAAAAGCUCAAGAGUCCAUUAGGCAAUGGAAGCUUAAGUAUAAAAAAUUAGAGCGAGCACUGGAGAAACAAUCUGAAACUCUUGAUCAACUGACAGAAAAGAAUAAUCAGAUUCUAAAAGAAAAGGAUGAUUUGAAAAGUCAACUUUAUACGGCAUUGCAACAGAUAGAGAAUCUUCGAAAAGAAUUGAGUGAUGUCUUGACUAAGCGUGCUCUUCAAGAGGAAGAGCUUCACUCUAAGGAGAAGAAACUAAAUGAUAUUAGGUCUCAUCAAGCUGACCUUGAACAAGAAGUCAAGAAUUCUCUAGAUACCAUCCAUAGACUAGAGAGUGAAUUGAAAAAGCAGAAUAUGGUUCAAAGCCAGAUUAAAUUUGAGAAAGCUCACCUGGAGGAAGAAAUUGGAGAACUAAAGAAGAGCCAGGCUCAGGACAAAUCUAAAUUUCUUGAGAUGCAAGAGUCUAUCAAGGAUUUAAGUGCCAUUCGAGCAGAUCUUGCUAAUAAAUUGGCCGAAGAAGAGAGAGCCAAGAAAAUGGUGCUUAAGGAUCUUUCUCACCUCACAGCCCAGGCAAAAUCCAAGGAUGAAGAAACAGCUACUGUCAUCACGCAGCUAAAGCUGGAACGAGAUGUUCACCAGAGGGAGCUGGAAGAUCUCACAUCAUCUUUGCAGAGUGUGAAAAUGAGACAUGAACAAAAUAUUCAGGAGCUGAUGAAGCACUUUAAGAAAGAAAAGAGUGAAGCAGAGAAUCAUAUUAGGACACUGAAGGCAGAAAGCUUAGAAGAUAAGAAUAUAGUGAAAAUCCAUCGUUGUCAGCUGGAGAAAUUGAAGUCACAAUGUGAAAGACUGACAGAGGAAUUAACCCAGAAUGAAAAUGAGAACAAAAAAAUGAAGCUAAAAUAUCAGUGUUUGAAAGACAAACUAGAAGAAAAGGAAAAACAUAUAAGCAAUGAAGAAGAGCACUUAAGGAGGAUGGAAGAGGCGAGAUUGCAGCUUAAGGAUCAACUUCUUUGCUUGGAGACUGAACAAGAAUCCAUUCUUGGAGUGAUAGGAAAGGAAAUUGAUGCAGCUUGUAAAACUUUCUCCAGGGACUCAAUAGAUAAAUUGAAAGUUUUAUCUUCUGGCCCUGAUGUAUAUUAUGACCCACAUCGUUGGUUAGCAGAAAGUAAGACUAAACUUCAGUGGCUCUGUGAGGAACUAAAAGAAAGAGAAAACAAAGAGAAGAAUUUGCGACACCAGCUGAUGCUAUGCAGACAGCAACUCAGGGAGCUGUCCCAGAACAAGGAAUCUGAGCUGCAGUGUCUCUUUGAACAGAUAGAAAGGCAGGAGCAGCUUCUGGAAGAAAUACAUCAGGAAAAGAGAGAUCUGCUAGAAGAGACACAAAGAAAAGAUGAAGAAAUGGAAUCUCUGCAGCUGAAUCUUCUGUUUAAACUUCCAUCUUGGGAAGACGGUAGUCAGACUGCAGUGAAAAAUCAGAAUGAAGCUCAAUUUGAAGAAAAAGCAGACCAUGUAAAUGCAUUAGAAAUGAGUACCCGAGUGGCCUUGGGCCAUCUGGAGUCUGUACCUCAGAAACUGAGCCUACUGGAAGAUAUCAAAGACUUUCGAGAUUCCCGCUGUUCCUCUGAAAGAAUUGAUGGGAGAUAUUCUAAAUACAGAGUUCACAGAGAUUCUCUUAAGCAAUGCCAAGAUGAUACCAAGUACAGAAUCAAAAGCUUGAAGGAUGUUAGAACCUGUGCUGAAGGUUCCUACACUCGUGGGUUAGAUCACUCAUCUUCUUGGCAGGAUCACAAUCGCUUCCUGUCUAGUCCACAAUUUUCACACUUGAACUCAUUCACCAAAAGAACCAUUGCUCCACAUUCAGCUUCAAUCAAGGAAGAUGCCACAAGUUUACCAAUGAAUGGAACAAGUCCACAAUCCAAGAAGGAGGAAUAUGACAACAAAAAAACAAAGUGAAAUUACUCUACAAAUAGCCUAUCUACCCUUGCUGCCAUCUGGUCCAGGUUAUCUAACAGAUGAACCUGGGGCUUUGGUUCUUUGGUAUUGCCGAACAUUGACUAAAAUGAAAAUACAGUUGGUCUUGUGAAUGACAUAAGUUUAACCAAUCUAAAUAAUAUCAGUUCAUGAACAAUAUGCAGCUAAUUUAUUACCAGUGAGAAAGUAAUGUUUUUCACUAUGCAUUUUCUUUUUGCAAGUGUGGUCAGUCACAAUUUCCUGACCAAAAUUUGGUUUUAUAAUUGAUGCCUUUCAAAAAUUACUGACUAAAAAGCUGGAAAAUGAAUUCUCCUCUAGGCAAAAGUUGCCGGCACUUUAGAUUCAGGGAGCAUUUAUAUAUAAUUGAUUUUUAAAAAAUGCUUUCUCCCUAAUAAAUUAUCAUGUGUUAUAACAUGUCAUGGAGAUAUGCAUAUAUAUUAAGCAGUCCACUUUAUAAAUGCUUGGAAUUGUUAUAUAAUCAUCUCAACAGUCUAUUACUACAGAUAGUACCUUAAGAUUAUUUCCAAUCAUCCAUUUUAAUAGCAAUAAAGAAUUUAUAAAUGAUAUCUAAUUUGUAGAACACUGAAAAGAAUUCAUAGCACAGUUUAUUUAUUUGUCUUUCUGUGGUCAGAUAUCCCACUGUGAUCACUCCAGUCAUUCUUGACCAUCUAUCAUUUAGAAUGACCAAAAUUCAUAGCACCAAACCCUUGUAUCUAUGAGGUUCACUCUGCAAGAGUUCUCCUGUGAUUUGGUACUAUCUACCUACUUUUGAUAUCCCAGCUUUUCUCAACAUCAGUGUUUGUUAGAAUUUUCCCCCUUUACAUGCCAAUCUACUGGUGGAGAAAGAUUUGUAUUAAGUUCUAAUAAUGGUAGGUAUUUAGGAACAAUCCGACUGGGUCAUGGUCAAAAGAUUCUGCAUGGAGACAAGGAAAAUAAAGCAAUAAUGUGCAUGACAUUCUGUGUUUGUUAAAAUAUAACUGCUUAUUAGGUUUCUUGCCUUUUGUAAAGAUGCUUCUAUUUCUACUCAAAGUGUGUGUUCCUAGCUUACCAUACUUAAAGGUGCAGAAGUGAGUGUCUUGCUAUUAAUGUGAACACAGUUCUUACUACAGAACAUGGAAAUGUUCCAUAUCAAAAAAUUAAGUGACACAAACAUAACCCCUGAGUGUGCAGCAUGCAUUUUAUGAUGAAAUCAUUCACAAAACCUCUUAUUGAAUUCCCACUAUGUGCUAGUCUCUGUGGUAGGAGGAAAAAAGAUGCAAAAACAUGUUCAUGUCUCAAAGUGUGUUUGACAUUACAAGUCAAAUGAAAAAAAGGAGUGAUGUGUUUAGGCUAGCUGAGAAGAAUCUAUAUUAUGCUGCAUUAAACAAGCUGUUUUGUUUUAUCAA